AUGAACCUCUCAUGUCGCUACCAGGCCGUCUUGCUUCUUGCCCUGGCUGGGUUCGUCUCGGCCGCAGUGGUGAAAGAAGAGUUAACUCUAACAUGGGAGCGGGGAGCGCCCAAUGGACAGGCCAGGGAGAUGAUCAUGAUGAAUGGACAAUUCCCGGGACCGACAUUUAGGUGGGAUGAGGAUGAUGAUGUUGAGGUGAGAUCCGACGGUCUCGGCUACCAUGAGGGCAACUAUCGACAGUGA